GCUUUCGACGAGUACAAGCGUGGGAGUUCAGGGGUUUUUCGGUCGCCGAGGAUAUCCCCAAGUCGUCCAUUGCGACAACGGGACGAACUUCGUCGGAGCGAGCCACCAUCUCAGCGCUCUGCGGAUCAGGCUCAAGGAGCAAGGAGACGCUAUUUGCGACUUCGCGUCAAAAAACGGAUGCGAAUUUGCGUUCAUACCGCCGCGAGCUCCUCACAUGGGAGGGCUAUGGGAGGCAGGUGUUAAAACUGCCAAGGGCCUACUCCUACGGGCGGUAUGCAGCGCGCUCUUAACCGCCGAAGAGCUCGCCACAGUUCUCGUCGGCAUCGAGGCCAUAAUGAACUCGAGGCCGCUGGGAGCCGACAGGCGACUUGUCUCGUCAGUCAGGCAAGCGUUUUGGCAGCGAUGGUCCCGCGAAUAUGUCCUGGGGCUGCAAAUUCGGGGCAAAUGGCACCAGCGGCAACCGAACCUCGAGGAAGGAGACCUCGUCAUCGUGGCCGCGGACAAUCUGCCGCCUCAGGAGUGGCUCUUGGGGAGGGUCAUCGCCACGCACAAAAGAGAGGAUGGCAUGGUCAGGGUCGUCGAAAUAAGUACUAGCACUGGAGCGGUUUUUCGGCGGGCCAUACACAAGUUGGCGCCGCUCCCAAUGUGUUGAAGCCGAUGCAAGCGUUCAAUGGCGCCGGAAUUACGUGACCUUCCCUCUAUGCGGCGAUUAUUGUUUAUUUGUUCGUUGUUAUGAAGUCUAGUGUAAGUUAGGCUAGGGCAAAGCUGGAGCGCAAUAAAAGCUCGCUCUCUCGCUCUUGGCGAAUUCGCCCCGCUUUGCCACCGUAGUUUAGCUAGAGUAAGAGAUUUGAAUUGUGAAGAAAAUAUAGUUGUUCGUUAACAUUAAAUAACUAAAUUACA